AUGUCGAACUCCAGCGCGAGCAAGGCCUUCAGCCUCUACGCCAACAUCGACAUCCUCCGGCCGUACUUCGACGUGGAGCCUGCGCAAGUGCGCGCCAGACUGCUAGAGUCCAUGAUCCCCGUGAAGAUGGUGAAUUUCCCACAAAAAAUUGCUGGUGAGCUCUACGGGCCCCUCAUGCUGGUUUUCACGCUGGUGGCCAUCCUCCUGCAUGGGAUGAAGACUUCGGACACCAUCAUUCGGGAAGGCACACUCAUGGGCACAGCCAUUGGCACCUGCUUCGGUUACUGGUUGGGCGUCUCUUCCUUCAUCUAUUUCCUGGCAUAUCUGUGCAACGCCCAAAUCACAAUGGUGCAGAUGCUGUCACUCUUGGGUUAUGGUCUCUUUGGGCAUUGCAUCACCCUCUUUGUCACCUAUAAUAUCCACUUCCACUCCCUCUUCUACAUAUUCUGGUUAGGUGUUGGUGGACUGUCUACACUACGAAUGGUUGCUGUGCUGGUGUCGCGCACAGUGGGACACACUCAGAGGCUCAUUCUGUGUGGGACCCUUGCUGCUCUGCAUAUGCUCUUCCUCCUCUACCUGCACUUUGCUUAUCACAAGGUGGUAGAAGGUAUCCUGGACACAUUGGAAGGACCCAACGUGCCACCCUUUCAGAGAGUUGCCAGAGACAUUCCAGUUGUUUCCAAUGCUCUACUGAACACAACAGCCAAGGCUGCGGCAUUGACCCUGUAGUUUCACAAACCCGGACUUGCUUCCUUCACUACUUUUGGGGCUGUGUAGGGCAGUGUUACCUGCUGUCUCCUAGAAAGAGGACAGAACAACAGGAGUGAGACUUGAUUUCAUGUUGUUUUCCUGGACUUCUCUUUUGGGUGCCAGUUUUGGGCAGCAGAACGGACAGCACU